UGGGUAAACCGCGUUUUGUUAAACAGUACUUUUUGAACCAUCCGGUAUUCCGUAGUUUGUGGAUACUUGUCGAUGGUCGAUCACAGAGUUUGGGUCAACUAUCAACGCAAACAUGGCUGAUGAUAGCAACGUUGAAGUGGAAGAUGAGAACAUUUUGUAUGAUUUACUUAUAAAUACGGAAUGGCCACCCGAGACCGACACUCAGUUACGAGGCAACAAGGAGCACAGCUCAUCUGUUAUAGCCAAGGCGGUGACAGGGCCUUUCAGGUUCAUCCUGCAUUACCUGUGGUACAGUCCCUCUAGCUCCUCUCUGCCUCCUGGUCUGGUCCGACUGGCCAACAAGCAGAUCAACUGGCAGCUGGUGCUAGCAAGUAAUGGGAAGUUGCUGGCCGUGGUUCAGGACCAGUGUGUGGAGAUCAGGUCUGCGAGGGAUGACUUUGGCUCUGUCAUUGGGAAGUGUCAGGUGCCCAAGGACCCCAGUCCCCAGUGGCGGCGGGUGGCGUGGUCACAUGACUGUACCCUGCUGGCGUACGCCGACAGUACCGGUACCGUGCGCGUCUUCGACCUCAUGGGCAGCGAACUGUUCGUCAUUCCCCCGAUGGUCAGUUUCCCGGGUGAUUACAGCUAUGCUGCAGCAGGCCUGAUCUUCCUGGAGUACACAGCCAGUGCUCUGUGGUCCGCUGAGCUGCUCGUCAUCACAUACGGGGGCGGGCUCAAGAGCUACCUCGUCAGUGUGGGGACCAAUCAGAGCUUCCAAGAGAACCACAGCUUCAGUUUCUCCAAUCACUACUCUCACGGCAUCACCACAGCGAUGUACCACCCUGGGCACCGGUUGCUGCUGGUGGGGGGUUGUGACUCGGGUGUUGAUGAUGCGUCCAGGGCGACCCGGUGUGGCCUCACGGCCUGGAGAGCACUGUCUGGGUCGCCCCAUUACAAACAGGUCACUAGCUACGAGGACGACACCAGCACUAACCAGAAGAAAGGUUUCUUCAGUAUCCCCAGCUUCAGACUCUUCUCCAGACACAACAAUGAGCAGGACGGUGUGUUUCGUAUGAGUCUGUCUCCUGACGGGUCUCUCCUGGCCGUCAUCCAUUUCUCUGGACGUCUGUCUGUAUGGGACCUCCCCUCUCUCAGACAGACAGUCUCCUGGGACCAAGAACUACAGCCAGGAUUUGAGGAGAUCAACCCAGAGUGGAAGACUUCUCUGGAGAAGAGGAAGAAGAUAAAAGACAAGGCACAGUACUACCCUCUGUGUGAGGUGGCAUGGUGGUCAGAGUGUGUGUUGAUCCUGGCCCGGUGUUCUGGUUCUCUGACUGUGUCGUCUGUUAGAACCCUACACAACCUCCUGGGCAAGAGCUGUGAGUGGUUCCAACCAUCGCCGCGGGUUACCGCCGCCCAGGAUGGGGGCUUCCUUACUCUGGAGUGUGAAGUGCAUCUGGCCCAGAAGAGAGGUCGUCAGGACAGUAACAUGGAGGGUGUGGCUACGGAGGGUGAGGAAGGAGACUCGGACUCUGAUGAAGAGUCGUCAGCCAAGGCCCGUUACUCUGGUUACGUGAAGCAGGGGCUGUACUACGUCACCGAGAUGGAACGCUUCGCUCCGCCACGGAAACGGCCCCGCACCGUCGUCAAGAGUUACCGUCUGGUCAGCCUGCGCUCCACCACGCCUGAAGAGCUGUACCAAAGGAAGAUAGACAAUGAGGAGUAUGGAGAGGCCCUGUCCCUGGCCCAGGCAUACGGUCUAGACUCAGACCUGGUCUACCAGAGACAGUGGAGGAAGAGCACUGUCAGCAUCGCAUCUAUACAGGACUACUUGAGUAAGAUCCAUAAGCGGUCGUGGGUGCUCCAUGAGUGUGUGGAGCGUGUCCCGGAGAACGUGGACGCUGCCAAAGAGCUGCUACACUACGGCCUAAAGGGGACGGACCUAGAGGCGCUCAUCGCUAUCGGGAACCGAGAGGACGGGGGCAGGUUCAUCCUGUCAGGUGACCUUGAUGUUGAUGACGCUCCGUACGAAGACUGCCUGUCUGCGGAAAAAGAGAUGGAGUUAAAGAGAGAGAAGGAGAGCCGGAAAAGACGGGAGCUACUGGCCAGGGUCGACUUCAGCAGGAUAUAUUAGGCGGUCCCGAUGCUGCAGAACAGAAAUAUGACUCUGAGUUCUUUAAGAAGUUCCGGAACCAGAAUAUCAUUCUGUCAGCAAGA